AGCGAUCCCGACUGUGUGCGACGGUGCAUGCGCGCGCACACAGCGGGGCACCGGCACACUUUACGGCAGGAGCUUUGAGCGUGUGACGUUGGCCCGCAGUUCCAUUUCGCACGUGGCGCCCGAGAUAGCGCGGUGUACCUGAGACCUUCUCUACUUCUGAAGUGCCCCUUGCCAUCAUGAAGAGGCCGAAGUUAAAGAAAGCAAGUAAACGUAUGACCUGCCAUAAGCGGUAUAAAAUCCAAAAAAAGGUCCGAGAACAUCAUCGGAAAUUAAGGAAGGAAGCUAAAAAACGGGGUCACAAGAAGCCUAGGAAGGAUCCAGGAGUUCCAAAUAGUGCUCCCUUUAAAGAGGCUCUUCUUCGUGAAGCUGAGCUAAGGAAACAGCAGCUUGAAGAACUAAAACAACAGCAGAAGCUUGAUAGGCAAAAAGAGCAAGAAAGGAAAAGAAAGCUUGAAGUUAACCCUGGUGAUGAGCAAUCUAAUGUGGAACCCCAGAAGGAACCUGAAGAACCCAGAAGUAAAAAGGCUAAAUCAGGCAAACAGAAUCCAAAGAAGUUACACUGUCAAGAACUUAAAAAGGUGAUUGAAGCCUCAGAUGUUGUGUUGGAGGUUUUGGAUGCCAGAGAUCCUCUUGGUUGCAGAUGUCCUCAAGUAGAAGAAGCUGUUAUCCAACAUGGACAUAAAAAGCUGGUACUCGUAUUAAAUAAAUCAGAUCUAGUACCAAAGGAGAAUUUGGAGAGCUGGCUGAGUUAUUUGAAUAGAGAAUUGCCAACAGUGGUGUUCAAAGCCUCAACAGACAUCAAGGGCAGAGAGAAGAUACUCAAGAUGAAGAAGAAGAAGAAGAAAGCGCUUCCAUUCCAGAGUAAAGUCUGCUGCGGCAGGGAAGCCCUUUGGAAGCUUCUUGAAGGUUUUCAGCAGUCAUGUGGAAAAGAGAUUCAGGUUGGAGUAAUUGGUUUUCCAAAUGUGGGGAAAAGCAGCAUCAUCAAUAGCUUAAGACGAGAACUAAUUUGCAGUGUUGGCAUUCCCAUGGGACUUACAAGGAGCAUGCAGGUUGUCCCUUUAGGCAAGCAGAUCACUGUCAUAGAUAGCCCAUGCUUUAUUAUUUCACCAUCUAACUCCUCUACUGCACUUGCUCUACGAAGUCCAGCAAGCAUUGAAGAACUAAGACCGCUGGAGGCUGCCAGUGCUAUUCUGUCCCAGGCUGAUAGUCAACAGGUGGUGUUAAAGUACACUGUCCCUGGGUAUAAGGAUUCUCUGGAUUUUUUUACUAAACUUGCUCAGAGAAGAGGUCUACAUCAAAAAGGCGGAUGUCCAAAUGUUGAAAGUGCUGCUAAGCUGUUAUGGUCUGAGUGGACAGGUGCCUCAUUAGGUUACUACUGCCAUCCCCCUACAUCCUGGAAUCAUUCUCCGCAUUUUAACGAAACUAUUGCAGCAAACUUGAAGAGAGACUUUAAUCUAGAAGAACUAGAAAAGAAUAACAUAGAUAGCAUAAAAGUCCUCAGGGGUCUACAUUCAACUAAUAGAAUUCUUUUCCGGUCUUCGGGACUAACAAAUGGAGUAUUAGAAGAAAGGGACAUACCCGAAGAAUUGCCAAGACAGAGAGAAGACAAAGGGGAUGGUGGUGAUCAAGAAAAUGUUGACGGUGAAAUUAAUGCAGAGAUCUUAGAUGUGGCCCCUGUACAAGAAGACACCAGAGAGGUGUUGCCUGGGGAAUCAAAAGCAGGCAAGCCAUCUGACAGACCAUUUACGUCAGUGGAUAACAUGAGUGAAGAGGGUGAUGAUGAUGCCUAUGACUUCAGUACAGAUUAUGUAUAG